AUGGGCAACACAUUCGCAGCAGCAUCACCCGCAGCACUCGCGCAAGCGGCCUGGCCUUCGCUUCUGCAGCACUCGACGGCACUGACGCACGGCUGGCAGGCAGGGUUGAAGGCAUCAAGCGCAGGCGGCUGCACCACGCGGUGUUUUGCCACACACUUUGAACGCAAGGCAGCAGCCAACCCCGGCUUGAAGUACUGGAAGCCCACCAGCCCGGGCCAGCGCGGCCGUGUGACCGUCCGCCGCACGGGCGUCUGGCGCGGCGGCCCCAAGCGCUGCCUCACGCAGGGGGCCGCCAAGACCGGCGGCCGCAACCACAGCGGGCGCAUCACCAUGUGGCACCGCGGCGGCGGCGCGCGCAAGAUGCUGCGGAACGUCGAUUUUGUGCGGCGACCAAACACACAUGCCUCAACCGGUGUUGUUGAGCGGAUCGAAUACGACCCAGGCCGCACGGCGUACAUCGCGCUUGUGCGCCACCAGCUGCCGAAUGCGCGCAAAGAGACCCGCGCGCUCGCUGAGCGGGCCGCUGCGCUGCGGCCCGCGGCGAGCGGCGGCGGCGGCAAGACCAGCAGCGGCAGCAGCGGCAGCAGCAGCAGCAGCAGCAGCAAACGCGGUGGCGACGCCGCGUACAGGCGGGCGGUGGCGGACCUGCUGGAGCGCCUCAAGGCCGACCAGCACGCCGCGCGCAUGGCCAGCCGCGGCGGCGCCGCCGCGCCGCGCCCGUUCAGCUACAUCGUGGCGCCCCAGGAGCUGCGGCCCGGCGACGCGGUGUCCGCGGCGGAGGGCGCGGCGGUGCGGCCGGGCAACACGCUGAAGCUGCGGGACAUCCCGGUUGGCGCGUCGCUGCACAACCUGGAGAUGCGGCCCGGUCAAGGCGCGGCGCUGUGCAGGGCGGCUGGCUGCGCUGCCAGCAUCGUCAACAAGCAGGAAACGCACGCCACCAUAGCUCUGCCGUCGGGUGAGCACCGCCUCUUCUCCAUGGAGUGCCGCGCCACGGUGGGCGCCGUGUCCAACCCUCAGCACCAGAACAUCGUCAUCGGCAAGGCCGGCUACGCGCGCCACAUGGGGCGGCGCCCGAUCGUGCGGGGCGUGGCGAUGAACCCUGUCGACCACCCUCACGGUGGCGGCACCGCGGGCGGGCGGCCGAGCGUGACGCCGUGGGGCAUUCCCUGCAAGGGGCACCGCACCCGGAAGAACUCGCCGAUGGCCAAGUGGAUCCUCGUGCCGCGGCGACGCGGCAAGCAGGCCGGGGGCGGGGCGAGCGCAGGAGGCGGCCAGUAG